CGUUUUAUUUAAAUUGGUCAGUUGCAUUUGUCCGUGCGGUCGUGUUCGCAAGACAGAAACAUGAAGAACGUAUCGUCCAUUGUAUUUGUAUUGGCCGCGGUAUCAAUAGCUCUGGUAUGGAGCGAUACAAAUGUUACACCCGCCGAGCAGUGCGAAGGACAAAAUUUUGACGAUCUUCGCAAGAGAAUCCAGGUUAUACCGUGCGGGAGGAGUUCUUGCAAGCUACAGAAGGGCACUAACACCACGGUCGUUUUAAAAUUCAAGCCAGAACGUGAGGUGAAAACGCUUGUGAAUGAAGUAUACGCGAAAAUCGGCAACCUGCCCCUGCCAUUCCUCGGGGUGACUGGCGUGAGUGCGUGCCCGCAAGUGACGCGCGUCGACGGUACCCCUGCGCCGUGCCCUCUCGCCGCCGGCGAGGAGUACGUUUACACCAACGUCUUCCCCAUCGAGUCCUUUUACCCAACAGUUAACUUACGCGUACACUGGGAGCUGAAAGACCAUGAACACAGCGUCAUCUGCUUCGAAGUACCCGCUGUCAUUACAGCUGCAAAACCUAAGUAAUUUUUAGUCCUGAAACAAACUAUUUCAAUCGAUAUUAUAUAACACUGCUUUCAUAGAAUUAAAAGAAUAUAAUAGUA